UACUAUGCAACUGCAAUGCUAAGCCAAUAAAAUCACGCGAAUAACCAUACACAGGGCCAAUUGAAUUUUUUGUUUUUUACAUAUAGAAAAAUAUAUUGUUGUUUCCGAUCUAAAUUAAUGAUUUUUCACAAUGUUGUUCAUGGAAGGUGGCCUUGAUAGAAAAACUCGACACACAGCAGAAGAGCGGAGUGUACUUAAUUAAUAAAUCAAUCGAUUUAUUUUAAAAAGAGAUCUCGGACAUUGACCGACGCCUUGAUGGGGUUAAUAACGAUGGUGUGUUACUCGGUUGCAGAGCUGCUAAUAUCAUAAUCGAUCACGCGUGUUAUGCACUCGUCAAAUUGCAUUGCCAUCCCGGUUUUGAUAAUUGUAACCUUGGAUAUAUUCACUAUUGCGGGUCUACGUCAAAGGUGACAACGGGCCAAGAGUAUUCGGUUUUAUUUGACUUGUAGCAACUGCGCAAGGGGGGCGCGAGGUGUCAGUGACAAGGUGUAACUAACCUUAAAAUGCGAUCAUCCGUGAUUACUAAUGUGAUUGUACUGUUCGGGUUGCAUUUCUUGUAUUGGUGUUGCAACACAGUAGAUGCUAGCGGCGGGGCCCUUGAUGCGAGUCCGAACUUUCAGUCUGGCUCCACUGGAAGUUCACAUUCCAAAGUCACAGCAUUCUCCGCUACACUUACUGAUGGACUGGCACAAGCUGUGGCUCACGAAGCUGGUUCUGAUACUUGUAACGAUGACCUAGCUUGUCUUACAACAAUGGCUUCUCAUGAUCGACUAGGUUUGGAAGCUAUCAAGUCACUCCAUAGUCAACUAGAUGAUGAUGCCAAUGGAAAUGUGGAUCUAUCGGAGUCAGAUGAUUUUUUAAGAGAAGAAUUACAAUAUGAAGCUGGGUAUGAAAGAAGACAAAGAGCUUUUCAUCAUAAUGAUGAUAUGCAUAUUAGUGUUCGAGAACUUUGGGAAGCCUGGUUAAGAUCAGAGGUUCAUAAUUGGACUAUAGAACAAACAUCAGAAUGGUUAUCUUCUAAUGUAGAUCUUCCACAAUAUGUUCCUACUUUUAUACAACACCGUGUAACUGGUGCUACACUUCCAAGGUUAGCUGUGAACAAUAUGCAUUAUUUGACUAAUGUAUUAGGCAUCAAAGAUCCCAUUCAUAAACAAAAAAUUGCCUUAAAAGCUAUGGAUGUAGUUCUUUUUGGACCUCCAAAGGAUACUGGACAUAGUGUAAAAGAUUUGAUAUUAAUAACAUUAUUAUUUGGCGCGCUUAUUGGUUGCUGGUAUGCAUAUCAACAGAAGAAAAAUUCACAGAAACAUCUUCACAGAAUGAUGAAAGAUAUGGAGAGUUUACACAAAGCAGAAUUAGCAUUGGAAGACUUGCAAAAAGAAUUAGAAAGAGCACGAAUGGAACAAGAAAGUGUAACUACUGAAAAACAGAACUUAGAGAAACGUUUACAAGAUGAAAGUGUAGGAUUACAUGCUUCUUAUUCAGAUCUUGAAGUUUCUCAAUUAAAAGCAGAAAUUGAAAUGUUAAAAGUUGAAUUGCAACGUGCAGAGGGUGAACUCGAAGACAGAUGUUGGUCCCCUCCUCCUGGAUUGCAACAUUGGCUACAAUUAACUCAUGAAAUUGAAAAUAAGGCAUAUACAAAGAAAAAAAUAAGUGCAGAAAAACAGUUGCAACAAGCACGAGAAGCAUGUGAAAAAUUACGAAAAAAACGAUCAAGUUUAGUAGGAGCAUUUGUUUCAACCCAUGGAAAAUCGAUCGAUGAAGUUGACAAAAGUAUAGUGGAAGCAAGAACUGCAUUAAACGAAGUCACCGCAGAAUUACAAGAAAGAGUACAUCGUUGGAAACAAAUUGAGCUCUUAUGUGGCUUUAAUAUAAUCAAUAAUAAUGGUCUAAGCUAUUUAGAAACUGUUUUAUAUAGAGGGACACCCAACGGACGAGGUCUUGGACUCAGAGGUCGACUCAGUAGUCAAGAUGAUUUAGACGACGAAGCAAGCUCAGUAUACUCACCUUCAUCAUGCGGUGCCGCAGGUACAGUGGACAACUUGACGUGGAAAGAGUCAUCGGUUCCACCAGACUCGUCGAGCAGCGAGACCGGGAAGGAGACACCGCCGGAGGUACAUUUCACGGUUGGCGAUGGGCCGGACGAGCCUGUCAGAUCGUCGAGCAAAGAGAAAUCCGGCAUUGUCCGUUCCUACAGCCAGGACACGAACAUGCUCCUCCCUGUCGAGGAUAAAACUACCUCAUCAUUUCUCUCCAAGACGUCCUACUCGGAGAAUUCGUUGGACUCGUCUAACCAGGAUCGAGGAGGGCAGCAAAGAGUCGGUCCGAAUCCAUCCACGGUCCCGGCUCCGAGCGUGACGAGCAUCAAUUCCGCGAGCGGCCAAUCGAGUUCGAGCAACAGGAAGGGGGCAUCGAGGGAGGGACAGGCGACAUCGAUGGCCGACGAUGCCGAAACGUUGUCGACCGACUCGAGCUCCACCAUGGACAACGACGAUCCGAAAAGACGAUCCCGCAAGAUCCUGUUUGCGUUCAGGAGGAACAAGCCAAAGGUUACGUGGUGAAGAAGGGAACCUCUCGAACCUAGUCAACGCGACAUAAUACGAUAUACGUGGUAUACUAAUCCGUAUUGAUCUGUGCAACGUUUCUUACUUAACGCUGUUUACAUUAUCCGCGAUCCGAUUAGUUAUUGUUAUUAUUGGGUAUUAUCGAGCCGCGACGUGCACUUAAAAGGGGGAAAAAGAAAACAAAACAAAAAAAACACACACAUAUAGACAAAAAGAAAAAAAGGAAAAAUGGAAAAGAAAAAAAAA